AUGAACAAAAAGAAAGAAUUCAAGUCUGAAGAUGGUUCUGUUGUUAUAUCUGAGGAGAAGAUAAGACUGGAGAAGCAAAUUAUAUAUCUACUACACUUAUCAGAAGGACUAUUGAAAACGAAUGUCCCAUUAGCACAACAACUCCUAAUCAAGGCAAAACGUGUUUCACUGGUUGCAAACUUACCUUUUCCUGCUCGUUUUUCCACUUUAUUCUGUAAUCACUGCUAUGCUCCCCUCGUAUCACAGGCGGCGAAUUCAUUUAAAUUGCAAUCCAAGAAAAGAAGGAGAGCAGGCAAUCAGCUUGUGCGUGUUUGCGAAUGUUGCGGUCACAAACAAACCAUAAUAGGGAACAAUUCGGAGAAAAAGGAAGAGGAAGCAUCAACAAAAGAAGAGACGCAGAAAAGAAAGAAGCCAGAAACUGGAAAAUCAAAAUUUAAUCUGAAACGUCAAGCGAAACAAUUACUAGUGGAGAGCCAAAGCGCAAAGCCUAUUCAAAAGCAGUCUAAUUCUUCUUGGGAGAUUUAUCGUGUUUGUGUAAUACUUGUGAUAGUUCAAAGCUGA